GAUUAUGCAAUUUUCAUUUAGCAGUCAGAGUCUUUUCAAAGGAAGAAUACUCGUAGCAGUUUCUUCGGUAUUUUCAAACUAAAAACUAGAGAUGGCUGACGUUAAAGAAAGUACUAAGGAAGUAUACCAGAAUAAUUUUAAAGGCGAAGAAUAUAAUGAAGAGUUGAAAGAUUUACUUCCUGCUGCAGAACCUAUUUUCGAAUUCUCCUUAGCUUUCAUACAAGAAGUAAUACAAUCAAAGAAAUUUGAAGGCACAAAGCUCCUUGAAAUCGGAAGCGCAAGCACUAUUCACAAUAUUGCAUCUGCUAGUUCUUACUAUACAAAUAUUGUCCAAAGUGAAUUUACCGAAUGCAGCCGUGAAGCUCUCAAGCGCUGGCAUAAAGGCGAAAUAAGUCUCGACUUCGCAUUCCUUAAGAUUGUCGCUAAACUUGAGGGUUAUGGAGAUGAUUUGGAAAAAGGUAGAAAGAUACUUGAAUCCAGAGUUCGAAACGCCGUUAAAUGUGUUGUUUCAUGUGAUCUUCUUUCAAAUGAGAUUCUGAAGAUGGAAGAAUUAAUUUCUUCGGAAACUCAACCACCUUAUGAUUUAAUUAUAACAAUGCUGACACUAGAAUCUGCGUGUCCAGAUUCUCAACACUUCCUUGCAGCUCUGAAGGGAAUCAAUAAACUGCUUAGAAAAGGAGGAGGAUUGGUAGCUUCAGGAUUCGAGAAUGGAGGAAGGUGGAAAGUAGGCAGGAAAUGGUUUCCUUACCUUCAGCAUAAUGUGCAAGAUAUUGUGCGUGCUCUAAAAGAAGCAGGCUUCGGAAAUAUCACUUUCAAAAUAUAUUAUCCCCAGGAAGCUAGAAUUUAUUAUAAGCAUGAUGACGUGUUUUACUGUUUUGCAGCAGAAAAACUGUAAAUGCACUAUGAACCUGUUUUCUUACAAGAAUCUAUUUUUUUGUACUAUAAGUGCUUAAUAAAAGAGCAUUUUGCAUAUUUUC